AACAACAUUUUUAUGUGUUUUCACGUAAUUUAGAACUGUUUACACCAUUUUAAUAUUUUUUAUUAAUUCAUUAUUAAAACCAAAAAUGCUCUAUUAAAACCAAAAACAUGAAAACAAACUAAUAAUCCUAAUAAAAAAAAUCUAUUCACCCCAUUUUACCGUUACCUUGUGCGCUGUAGCAUGGUGCGGCUGACAGAUGCCUGUAUGACGUUGACGUCUCUCUUUAGGGAUGGACAUUAGAAAAAUCUUUUUUUAUCUUUAUCGACACUCGCAGCAUACAUUUAAUUCUCUUUAAUUUUUUUAUUAAAUGUGUGUGUUAUUUAGUUGUGCAGUGUAACUACGUGUAUACAGGGUUAAAGGUUAAGUCGACCUAAAUCCUUUAAGACGUGAUAGUUUACAUCAUUCCUGACUGAUUUGACCAUGCGACCCCAUAUCCCAAACUUAACCGUUUUUAAAUUAUCGGCAUUUUUACUUUUUUGAUAAAAUUUCCCCUUUUUUUGGCUAUUUCUCCCUUGCUUUGUCUUUGGUGGCUAAAUUUUGUUUUGUUUUUGCUUUUUUGUGUAGUAGAUUAGUUGCUUUUAUUAUUUAAAACACUAAAACUGUAAAUAACUGUACCAACUGAGUCGUAGCAGACGAUCGAAUGUUAAAAAAAAGAAAUAAAUUUGUGAUAAGUUGUUUUUCUUUGUAAGAUAUUAAAAAAAAGUCCAUGACAACUGUGCUGCAAAUGUGCAUUAAAAUAUCUACAAUUCUUCAGCUUUCUGAUAAGGUAUAACAUGAUAGGGAAUAAUUUGAAUUCUUUGCCAAAACAUUGAUGAAGUAGUACAAGGUAGUAAUAAGAAUAUCGAUAUUUAAGCUUCAAAUUUAACUUGAGUCAGAUAACAAAAUAGUACUUCUAAUGGAACAUUCCGGUUGGUUUUAAUUUAAUUAAGUACACUUACACUUACGAUACAGUUAAAAUACUAAGGCAUAAUUUUUAAAUCGCAGCAACUUUCAAGAGUGAUACGAAACGUUACUGAAUCUGUCAGCCGCACCAUGCUACAGCGCACAAGGUAUACAUAACCUACAAGCAAAUAUCUACAUGUGACGUCACGGGAGACGUGUCCAUGAGGCGAGAUGGAGACCAGUACCUCUACCACGAGUUUGAAGCAACAUGGACCAAGAGCCCAGAGCUGCCAGACAUAACUUAUUUUCUGAAAGGCAAAACGUGGGAUACCGAGUAGCUUUUAUAUGUACUUUGAACGCCUGCGUACCUGGUGAGAAAGGUUUUAUUGAUGCGCUUGCGUUUACGCCUUAGCAGGCUAAAGCCAAGCUAAGAAGCAUUUAUUAUGAGUGUUCCAAUGAACGAGGAAAUUGCGGACAUAAGUAUGACAGGAACUGAAGCGGAUUCCUCGCAAUCGCACGGCCACGAAGCCUCAUCAAGUGUAAAUGCAGAUGAUGCGUCGUCCAGCAACGCUGCAACCCCAGCAGGCAGUGAGGGACAGGCGUCCAGACAGUCCAACCUACAACGCAUACAGCAAAGAAAGCAACAAGUCUAUGGUUGGCCACAUAACAAGAAGUUACUCAAAUUGGCAAUAUACUCUGAAUGCCAGACUCCAGAAUGCAACUGCAAUGGUUGGAAGACACCAGCUCCUCAACCAACGGGAAAAGGCAAUCCCCGAGCGGACAACCAGCCUAUUGCCACUUUCAAUGAUCCUUGUCGGAACUGCAACCACAUAUUAGAAAAGCAUGUAACUCAGCUGCAAGGAUUACCAGUGGCGGAAGUGAACAGGCUGCUUGGAGCAGUGGUGGAUGUGGAGAACAUCUUCAUGUCCAUGCACCGGGAGGAUGACCACGACACUAAACGCGUUUACUAUUAUUUGUUUAAGAUACUGCGCAAAUGCAUCUUGACCCGUUCCCACCCUCGCAUCGAGGGUCCUCUAGGCCAGCCUCCGUUCGAGCGACCCUCCAUAGCCAAGGCCAUCACAAACUUCGUACUGUACAAGUUCAACACUCUACCACAGAGGGAGUGGCAGACUAUGUAUGACCUGGCUAAAAUGUUCCUACACUGUUUCAACCAUUGGAACUUUGAGACGCCUAGUGUUAGGAAAUUGCAAGUUUCAAACCCAGAAGAUAUAUCAGCAUACCAAAUUAAUUAUACCAGAUGGUUAGUAUUCUGCCACGUGCCUGCGUUCUGCGACUCCCUGCCUCACUACGACACGUCCCUAGUAUUCGGCCGCACCUUGCUACGGGCAGUGUUCAAGUCUGUCUGCCGGCAACUCAUGGACAAGUGCCAUUCUGAGAGGGAUCGUAUGCCGCCUGAGAAGAGGGUGUUAGUGCUAACUCACUUCCCUCGUUUCCUGGCAUUGCUAGAAGAGGAGAUAUUCAGCUCAAACUCCCCGAUCUGGGACCCUGAGUUCAAGCAAAUCCCACCGAACCAUCUACAGGCCAUAUUUGACAAUAAGAACAGUACGGGCAGAAGAGGCGAGUUUGAACGUGUGACCGCUUCGGGAGACAGUAAAGAUGGAUUCACUACAGUCCAACUGUCAUCAGGUUCAAUAAAAACAGAAGGAGGUAAGCGUGCAAGUGACACGGUGACGGCAAGUUCUGCCAAACGGCGGCGUGUGGCCGACGACACGGCCGACGACGUCAGCGAGCGGACCGUGGCGGACAUCGUGGCCACCAUCACCGACCCCAACUACAUGUGCGGACCCGAUGCUCUAUUCCAAAUGCAAGCCCCUCGCGACGAGGCUGCCAAGUCGGAGGAGCAACGCAAGAUGAUCGAGUUCCACGUGAUCGGGAACUCGCUCACUGGGCCCGUCAACAAACAGACCAUGCUCUGGCUUAUUGGUCUCCACAAUGUAUUCUCCCACCAACUACCAGAAAUGACCAAAGAAUAUAUCUCUCAACUAGUUUUCGAUCCAAAACACAAAACCCUAGCGCUUAUCAAGGAAGGCAGGCCCAUCGGAGGGAUCUGCUUCAGGACAUUUAGUUCACAGGGUUUCAGCGAGAUAGUAUUCUGCGCGGUGACGUCUAACGAGCAAGUCAAGGGUUACGGCACGCAUCUCAUGAACCACCUCAAAGACUACCACAUCAGGAACAAUAUACUGCACUUCCUGACAUUCGCUGAUGAGUUCGCUAUCGGCUACUUCAAGAAGCAGGGCUUCAGCAAGGACAUAAAGUUACCCCGCGCGAUGUACCAGGGCUACAUCAAGGACUACGAGGGCGCCACGCUCAUGCACUGCGAGCUCAACCCGCGCAUCGUCUACACGCAGUUCACCACCAUCAUACGGAGGCAGAAAGAGAUCGUCAAAAAACUAAUAGACAUGCGGCAGAAAGACGUUCGGAAAAUUCAUCCCGGAUUGACGUGUUUCAAGGAAGGCGUCCGCAGUAUCCCAGUGGAGUGUAUCCCCGGCCUCCGCGAGACAGGCUGGCGCGGGCCGGCCCGGCCCCACGCCACGGACCACGACCCGGAACCCGACGCCGCCACGCUUAAGAAUAUAUUGCAUGCGGUGAAAAAUCACACAUCAGCGUGGCCAUUCUUGAAGCCAGUGGACAAGGCAGAAGUACCGGAUUAUUACGAUCACAUCAAGUAUCCUAUGGAUCUACGGACGAUGGUGGAUCGUCUAAAGGCGCGGUACUACGUGUCGAAGCGGCUGUUCAUUGCAGACAUGACGCGGAUAUUCACCAACUGCCGGCUGUAUAACUCGCCUGACACCGACUACUACAGAUGCGCGAACACACUAGAGAAAUACUUCCACACAAAAAUGAAGGAGGCUGGCCUAUGGGACAAAUGAUUGGAGUUCGAUUUCGACGCGUACUUCGCGAUCGAGAUGAAUGAUUCGCGACCCAAAGAUAUUGAUGACGCCGUAUGAUAAUAAUAUACACUAUUUUACAAUAUAAAUUGCAAUUUUGUGGCUUAAACUUCUCUGUAAUUUCCGUGUCCAGAAAAUAAUACAUAGUUUUCUAUCUAUCUGUAUAUAAAUGAUCUAUGUGUUGGUAGAUUUGGCUACUAAAGGUACGCGUCCACAGGCCCGCAUCGUACGCAUCGCACGCAACGAAUUUCAGUUUGUCUUGUGUACAAACUCAUACAACUGCGUCCACUGAUCUGCAUCGUACGGACCGCAUCAUCAGCAAUGCCUACAUGCGAUACGUACUGAUGACGUCAUACGGAAUGCGUACGAUGCGUACGAUGCGGGCCUGUGGACGCUUACCUUAAAGGUACAAUUUUGGCAUAAUAUAACCUAGACUUACGGCGCAUUCCAAUAAACUACCGAUCGGUAAAUUUGCUUACGAGCCGUAGAAUUUUGACAUAAGCUCCAUACAAAAUGUGUCAAAAUUCUACGGCUCGUAGGCACAUCUACCGAUCCGUAGUUUAUUGGAAUGCGCCGUUAAUCUAAUUUGCUUCAAUUCCAUAACUAUGUAGUAGCUAAAUCUAUGGACAUAGGUUUUUGAGACAGACAAUUAUUUUUGAUAUCACGAUCCUAUCUUUAUUUAGUCUUAAGCUUUGGUUUUUACCCUGCCUACAGUCGUGUAAAAAUAAUACUAAAUUGUUUCCAUAGUAAAAUUUUCUCAUUUCCGUAAUGUAAGUUUUAGUGUAUUUUAAAUACAAUAACGGUAGUCGCGUAUUUUUUAAAUGGCUUCAGAGUAUUUUGCUCAAUUACCUCUUUGAGCAUACGUUUUUGAUGAUGAUGCUAUUUCAAUCAUUAUGAUAUGAGUAAUAAGGUGUAAUAUUGCUCGUACAUUAAUAGACUGACGAUAUUUUUUGUAUGUUUUUCGCUAAUUAUUGUUUGAAACGGCCAACGAGUUUAGGUUCCACCUUGUUAUCACUUUAUCCUAAGGUUAUCAUUAGAUAAUCAACUUAUUGUCUCAUGAUUCGGGAGACCUCUCAGAAAAAGAAAUUGAGCGUAAAUAGAGUGUACCGUAUUUUGUUUGUUUUUAAAAUGAGCUUAUCUCGCAAUUAAAGGUCAGGUUUCCAAUCAGCGUUUUUAGAAGGCUCUCGCAAUAGUAGGUCAUAUCUAAUCACGGUCAAAAAUGAAACGUACAAUUGUGUGACACUGGCUCAAAAGACGAGAAGCCCACACUAGCACCAUCUAGCGAGCCAAAAAAAAGUGAUAACACUCAUUAAACUAUUUCCUACAAAAUACACAAUGCACUGAUGAUACUACUACUUAGGUAACAGUGAUAACAUAAUCAUUGGGCCACCCGUACACUUUGCUUUUCUUUGUACCAAUAAGAGUACAAACAUAUUUUUUUAAUAAAUAAAGACGAUUUUUGCAAACAUCUUGCUCUCUUGUUGGAAUAUUUUCUUGAGCGUACCGUAAAACGGGGUUAAUAGAAUUCAAAGUGUGAAUAGAUAGCAAAAUUAGUUGAAUAAUAGAACAUUUUCCCAACCCCUCUUCACCCCCUAUUCACCCCUCUUCUGUAUCUAUUCACCCCUCGAAUUCUAUUCACCCCGUUUUACCGUAUGCUAUGUUGUAUAUAUUUUGUUAUAUGUAAGGAGGAAAAAUAGAAAUAGAUAGUGAAAAAAAUUUGCAAGUCUACAUUUGGAUCUAGCUUGCUUUUUUAUGAUAAAAAGAUAUGUGUACAGUCAGCCUGUCAGCACUUUAGUUAAAGUAUGAAGAAAUAAUGUGAGAAAACAUUAAUUAUGUUUCUGUGUGAUAUGGAAGACCAUACAUUAGUAAAAUAUAAUUUUUCUCUAAAUAAUUUAGAGAUACCACAUAAAAGUGGACUUAUAAGUAGUUUUAAGUCUUAAAAUAAAUAAAUCAACUGUCCUAUUAAAUUAAUUUUUAAAUAUACUUAAUGAAGUAACUGUUGAAAUGUUAUAUCAAAUUAAUAUGAAAAAGGUUGUAAAGUAUGUUAUUGUGUGAUUUCUCUGGCGAAAUGGGCCUAGCACUGACUGGCGGAGUUGGAGGAAAAUAAACUUUAACUACCAUGGUAUACAGAUGAAAAUGGUAUGGCAAAUAUUGGUUUUAGUAAUCAAGCUCCUUUGGCCAUGCCGUUUUCACCCGUAUACCAUAGAAGUUAAGGUUUAUUUUAAAUUGAUUUAUUCUCAGUAACCUCGCUUCCGCAGGUUUGCGCUGAGUCAUUAGUGUCACUCCCUAUCAUAUUAUAUGGGACUCAAAACAUAACUUGUCAAAAAUGUUACUUUAUGUAUGUGCAGUGGUGCACCUCUGCCUACCCCUUCAAAGGUUAAAAAGUGUGACUUUAUGUUAAAACCUUUGCCGAACUAUUAUUGGAUGACUACGAUUUGUUUAAUUGUGAUUUUUUAUUAUUUUGCAAAGUUACAUGCUUGUUCUAAAUCAAUCAUUAUUCUGUUUUGGUCUUUAUCCUGCCUAACAACGCAUGUACCUUAAUAAUUAAUAUUUAAGUGGUAUUUUGAACCUUAGCUACAUUACAAACGAAUCAUUUCAUCCAACAAUGUUAAACAAAUUGGUAAUUGGUAAGAGUUUAGUCUCUUUGAAGAUCUUAUUUUGUACUUCGAUGUAAAUAUUUGUAUUGGCAUUUCUGUGUAUCACGUUUAGUCAAUAAAGUAUUUUUAUAUUA